CAGUCAGUUGAUAUUACAAAUAAAAGCGAUGGAGAAUAAUAAAAAAUACCGGCCUUAUCUCGUAUUACUGACUGGCUCGAUAAAAUUAGAAUCUCGGCGCGACCACCGCUCCGACGCGCGAGUCAGUCGCGACUCGACGACCGCGACGCAAAGAUCUGCCGCGCACGAGUUCUUUAUUUAAAACAUUUCCAAGUGCUUGUUUUUUUUCUUUUUUGUUUUCGUCUGCCGGCCCGGUGUGUUACGAAACCAAAUUUAAUUUUGUGCCAGUGAGUUGUGAGUGUGAUUGUGGAUUUUACGCGGGCAUAAUUCUGGACGUGUCUGGGCGCUCAAACUUUUCGCUGCUUUAAUGUUUGAGCACUGAACUCAAAAGAUCUUCAGAGAUGAUACAUGUGGAUGAGACUGACCCUGUCGGAGAAAUAGAGCCGCCAUUUCCUUGCCGAGAUGUCACAAUCAAAAGAAAUACCGAUGUCAACGACUACUAUGAAAUGCUCUCGGAAAUCGGCAGGGGCAAGUUUGGCACAGUGUACCUCUGCCGUGAGAAGAGCACGGGCCUGGAGCUGGCGGCCAAGCUGGUGUCCGUGAGCAGAAGGGAUGAACGCAGGAAUGUGGAGCGAGAGGUAGACGUGAUGAGAAGACUGCGGCACCCGCGCCUCAUACAGCUGUACGACGUGUACGACUGGGGCAAAUAUAUGUGCGUCGUGCUAGAACUAAUAACGGGCGGGGAACUGUUCGAGCGAGUCAUAGACGAGGAUUUUGUGCUGACGGAGCGCGCCUGCACGGUGUUCAUGAGGCAAAUAUGCGAGGGCAUCGAGUUCGUGCACAGACAAAACAUUCUGCAUCUUGAUAUGAAGCCAGAAAACAUCCUGUGCUUGACCAAGGCUGGCAACCGCAUCAAGAUCAUAGACUUCGGUCUGGCGCGCUUCUACGACCCGGAGAAGAAGCUGCAGGUGUUGUUUGGCACGCCAGAAUUCGUAGCGCCGGAGGUGGUCAACUUCGACCAGAUUGGCUACGGCACCGACAUGUGGUCCGUCGGUGUUAUAUGUUACGUCCUACUAUCAGGCCUAUCACCGUUCAUGGGUGAGACAGACAUAGAAACCAUGGCUAACGUCACAGUGGCCAAAUACGACUUCGACGACGAAGCCUUCAACGAAAUCUCAGAUGACGCCAAGGACUUCAUCAGAAAACUACUCGUGAAAGACAAAGAGUGUCGUCCGGGCGCGGCUGACUGCUUGCGGCACCCGUGGCUCGUGAAGCGCUCCCCCGCCAAGAAGGAACCCCCGAUACCGCAGCCGUCGCCCAAACACGAGCUAGAUGUCGCGAAAGACAACCUCAGGCUCUUCGUGGAACGGUGGAGCGAACACCCCAACUCGCCCUACGUCUUCGACAACCAAUCACACGAAAUCACGUGCCUAAUGAACGGGAACUGCGAGAGAUCUUCGGUCGGAGGAUGCUCACCAUCCCCGAGAAGUUCUUUAGGCAGUUCGCCGGACAUGGUCUUCGACGAAGACGAUUUGGAACCUCCGCCUCUGAGAGAACACACCUACUUGGCACCGAGAUACAACCCGGUCGAGAGGAGAGCAUCGGACAGCACAUGUUUCCUUCAUAAAAAACAGGACGUCUUAGUCAGGAAAAACCUCGCCGAGGAGAUCAAGAAGCUGUCGGACCACCUGUUUAUGCUGUCCACGAUGAACACAGAUUUGGCUAAUAACAACAGCACAAAAGAGCUAGAUAAAAAUAUCAAAGAAUCUAGUACGGUAACGAAAGAGGAGAAGCUACCAAACGGAUUCAAGAAAGAAACGAGAACCUUCACAAAGGCUAUCGCAAACGGCGACGCGUCGAAUACGGAAAGAAAACUGUUCACGUCGAAAUCGACGAACAAGAUCUCGUCUAGUUUCCUGACAGAAAAACAACCGGACAAGCCGAUGACUAGCAAAAUGCCAUGGGCGAGGAGUACCACGACGACCAGAUCCAAGAAGGUCACACAGAUGAGCAGAGAUGUUCCGGACCAACCGACGGAAAAGCGAAACACUUUCUUCCAAGAGUUCGAUAGACGACGGGAGAGGAUAGACAAACUAGUCAAUGGAGCAGAGAACGGGCGACAGUUGCCGUACAGAAGAGGGGAUGAGAACAACGCUCAUCGGACGAAGGAUUUGCUUCUACAUCUUCUGGAAAAAUGGGGGGAGACAGAAGGUGAAGAAGCGGAGAGAACGGCCGGAGGCACUUCGAAUGGUGGUCGGCAUCAAUCGAUAUCUCUAGAAUGGUCUCCGUCGAACCAACUGGCACAAAACUCCAUGUCUAGCCUCCACGCGUUCUUCCAGCGGCAAACUUCAGACGAGAAGAAGCAGCGGAAAAGAGUCACCAAUAACUUACAAAGUACCAAAUGAUUGUUUUUUGUUCUAGUAUAAGACAGGGUAUUUUAGUGCCAUGACAUUCGCAGAUAUAAGUACCAAGUAACAAAUAAGACGAUCGUGUUAAUAUAAUUCGAAAUUGUUGUUGCAUAUUAACAGAGUUGUUUGAUAAUUAUUAGGCACGUCACGUACUUAAGCAAGGAGCAAACAUUAUUGUAAAUUAAGUUCCAUAAUUCUCAUUAAAUUUAUUUAAAGUUACCAAGUAACUUAAAGAUUAUUUUCUGAUAAGGUUUACAAUCUUUUAUUUGGCAACCUAGCACUGGCAAAGUAACGCUAGGUCGCCAAAUGAGGUGCAAUGGCAACAAAAUGACAAUGUUUACGAAUCUAGUCCCAAAUACAUUACAUUAAAGUUCUGUAUGAAGAGAUUAAGGGCAAGACUGAACAUAUAUACAGCUGGAAUAAAAAUAAUAAUAAAUAAUGGAAUUUACACUGAACGUUAAUAAAUUGCAUAAUUCAUUUUUUAACUUUAAAUUUAGACUUUUUUGUAAAUAAUACUAGAUAAUUAUGUCUCUGACAUAAAAAAAACACCUAAAAAUUUUGUUAUCUGAAAUUAUUUAUGAAAUACAUAAUCAGUUAAAAACGGGAUUUAAAUAGUGAAAUGAAUAUCAUAUGUAAUAAAAACAAAACUACCAUUUUAGACAAACAAAGUGUGUAAAUUUUGGUUCCUUAUUUGUAUCGUUCAGACGACAUAAAUUAUCUUCCUGGCCGAACUGAAAUAGAAUAUUUGAUAGCGCAGCAAUUUUAUUCUUUUAAAAAUAGUGUGGUUAAAAACACGAUGCGAGUGAAACUUUUAAAAGAUAACUUUAAAAAAGUCUAUUUUCCUGGGCUGAGAAUAGAAUCGCGACCGCCCGAGUAGCAGGCGAUCUUUUUGCCACUGAACCACAGAUGCUAGUUAAUAAAAUUUGUUUUUUUUUUAAUUACAAUUAAAAAUAUAAUGCUACGAACGAACGCAAACGAUUGUGCCCAUACAAUAACAGUAUCACUUUAAAUCCAAUGUGCAACCAAAAGGCUAACUUGAAACCAGAUAAGAUAUAUCGGCUGAACUGUACUUACUUAUUUAUAUACAUAUUUAUUUAUUUACAACUUAAGUGUAAUUUUAAAUUAUUGUUAUGAUAUACUUAUGUUGUUCAAAUAUAAGGCUUUAUUAAAA